AUGAACCGCAAGAAAUUUGAUUACGGCUCGAUUGAAGAAGAGUUCAACGGGGGUAUCCGGAUAGGAUUGAGGGAUUUCGGUUUGAGGAUAGAGUACCGUUCUCGAGACGCGCCUUUGGGGGAUUUUAGUAUAACAGGAGGACUCCAUGGUUUCGCCGCCACUAAAAAACUCGCCAAUGUAACUUCCUGCACUACAUCCUCUUACUUGGUUGAAACCACCGUGGAUCUUGGGCAACUCGCUCGAGCACGGACGCUGGCUAGCCUAAUGGCCUAA